AUGUUAUCGAUCCCACGACUACAACAGCAACAACUUCAGAUUCAACAACAACUUCAGCACGGCUCUUCACACUCUCACCACCAGUACCCACACACCCACAACUAUCAUACCGACUUUAACUCUGCUACCUACUCGGACUUCUCCAGAUCGAACUACGACGACGAAAUCGCUGCUUUGAGCCAGCAACUUCCUACCGAUCUUAUGCAGCCUGAUACCUGGGGAGCUACUGCGCAGCAGACUCCCAGAUUAUCUCGGGGGGCUCAUCAGCGAGAGUCAUCUUUGUCUUCUCUUGGAUCUUCUACAGCUGGACCUACCUCGCCCUUCAACAACAACAACACCACAUCAAACCCUCAUAUUGCAAUCACCGACGCCAGCGAGCAAAGUAAUUCUUCAUACUACCACCUCGCCAAGUCAAUGGCUCCCUAUUCAGGAUACCAAGCUUGUGGUGGCAUGGAGCAGCAGGCUAUGCCUGAGAUGGCGUACCCAAUUACACUCUCGGGACCGGCUAGCAAGCCAAGAAUGGAUCGGGGUUUGAUGCAAGCUCCGGACUUUUCUUGCGGAUCAACACGCUCACACCCUGCCUCGGUGGCUAGUUCCAUCGCAGGUGAUUCUCCUGCUACACCAACCGUCGGCGAAACGGAAACCGUAGAGAGGAGGCGAAAAGGUAACAUCCCUCGCAACGGAGGCCUCGAGAACCCAAGCUCACAUUGCUAUCCACUAGGCUACGCCAAUGCCCCAAAGCUUGACAGAACCAUGACAGAUGUCUAUGCGGAUGAGCUUUACAGCCCCAACUUUGCCAUCACAUCUACUCCACCUUCACAGGCUCAAUUGCCUGUGUCGCCUACGAACGAUGUGUUCAGCCAGCGACUUCAUGCUGCCAACAGCCAGCAUCUGAAUGCUGCACACUCACCGGCCUCCAGCACCUCACGAGACAGAUCACCUUUCAGAACUGGCUCACCCCUUGCUCCCUCGCCGGCUCACGACUUCGGCAACUCUGGACUCACACAAAGCCUUCCGUUCAACAGUGCUCAGCGUAUGCGUGAGCAGAGCAAAGCUCAACAGGAUGCUCAAUUUAUGCGACAGCAAAUGAGUAUGAAACAGGAACCGGAAACUCCCAAGACUAUUUCACCCAAGGAUGCCAUCCUUGAAUUCACAGAAGUCGAAGGCGACAACAACUUCCCUCUGUUUCCCCCGGGAUCUUCAGGGUUCGAUAUGGAGCAAUUUCCCAAGUCUAUGGUCAGCUCACAGGAGUCGAUGCACGAUGCGCAUGCCCAAGCACACUUCAACUUUAUCCCUACACAUACAGCGAAUGGCAUUUCUGUGCCCCAACAGUACCCAUUCAUCGCACAUGCUCGAAUUAACCACGACACACCACCCCGCUUGAGUUCUGCUGGAUCUAGUUCAAACGACUCGCGAAAUGCUACCCCUGCCACCCGUCCGAGUAGUACUACUGCCGAUGGUGGCACAUACACUUGCACUUAUCAUGGCUGUACUUUAAGAUUUGAGACUCCUGCACAGCUUCAGAAACACAAGCGAGAGGGUCAUCGUCAGACCCAGAAUCUUGGACCUGCUCGCGAAGUGGGCAUGACAUCUACUCUAUUGAACAGCCAGGCAGGACCCCAUCGCUGUGAUCGGAUUAAUCCGAGCACAGGCAAGUCUUGCAACACUAUCUUCUCCAGACCGUAUGACCUCACUCGUCACGAGGACACUAUCCACAACGCUCGCAAGCAAAAGGUGCGAUGCGACCUUUGCACCGAGGAGAAGACGUUCAGUCGCGCGGAUGCUUUGACCAGACAUUAUCGAGUGUGCCAUCCGGACGUGGAACUUCCAGGUAAGCAUCGGCGACGUGCCGGCGCCUGA